CAUGAGUAAUACAGUCCCUUUUAUUCAGUUUGGUAACUUUACAUCGGAUUAUUUAAGCAUUUAAAAUUUUUGGUUCAUUUAACUGACAAUUAAUGACAAUGACAACUUCUAUUAAUCAUGAUACGAGUAUCUUGAACAAUGAUCUGUUGUUUAAGAUGUUGAUAAUUGGCGAUUCCGGCGUCGGGAAAUCAUGUCUGUUGUUAAGAUAUGCCGACGACGAAUUCUCAGAUCACUACAUUAGUACAAUUGGUGUAGAUUUUAAAAUCAAGACAAUCGAAAUGGAUGAAAAAGUUAUAAAAUUGAAUAUGUGGGAUACAGCUGGGCAAGAGAGAUUUAAAACAAUAACAUCAGCGUUUUACAGAGGGGCGCAUGGUGUCAUCCUGGGGUUUGAUGUUACCGACAUGGAAUCUUUUCAAAAAAUUCGGAACUGGUUAAAUGAAAUUGACAAAUUUGGUGGAAUUCAUGUUGCCAAAAUGCUUGUCGGUAAUAAAUCGGACUUGAAACACAAGCGAGAUGUUACUUAUGAAAUGACACAGGAAUUUGCAAAUGAGAUGGGCAUUCCGUAUUUAGAAACAAGUGCAAAAACUGCAACAAACGUUGAACAAGCUUUUAUGACAAUGACUGCAGAAAUGAAGAAAGUCUUUGACACUGGUGCUUUCAAAAAUCCUACAAAACCAAUAAAAAUAACGGACGGACGCCGUGUGGGCAACAGCACCAGUUUGCUAUGCAACCUGUGUAUUUGUUGA